AUGAAGGUGAUAGUUCUGAAAGUUGUGAUGCAGUGUGUGUCUUGUUCCGGUGUUGAGCCAAAAUAUGUCCGUGAAGAGAUCGUUCCAGAAUAUUUUCGAUGCUUCUGGAUUCGACGGAUGGCCUUAGAUCGGCGUAACUUUCGGGCGGUUGUCGACACAACAUUGCAGAUAGCCAUCAAGAUUGGGGGGGCGAUGUUAUCGCGCGAUUAA